AUGUCUGCCAGAGUGAACGAUUUAAGGCGUGCUGCGGUGCGGUGUUGGGUGAUGAUAUUGCUAUUCGUACUCGCUACUUCCAUCCCAGGACUCGAAAGGACAUCGCUGGCAUAUGGAUCGAUCGACAGUUCGCCCUCUACGCUGGUGCCAACGAGCAGCAGUCGGCAUCAACGCAUCGAUAACCCUAGUAAUAGUUUGAACGAUAGCAAGGGCCCGUUAACGCUUCCACCGAUGCCGGCUGUCCAAGCGACAAACCCAUGGUAUGCAAACUUUGCCAAUCGUCCAUCGCAAGUAGCGCACGGAUGCGAACAGAUCAAUGCGAACACCAGCGUAAAAGCGGGUCAUACCGGGCCUAGUGAUGAUACGCGAGGAAACUUCGUGAAGUUCGCUAUACUGCUGCCGGAACAACCGAGCAAGCGGCGGGAUGUUCGUAUCCUGUCCACGGUACUGCCGGUGAUCGAGAUGGCUACGCGGAAAGUGACAGCACCCGGUGGCUUGCUGCAGAACCUUCGCAUCGAAAUCGACCAUCGCGAUACGCAGUGUUCCUCCACGUUCGGCGCGCUCGGAGCAUUCGAUAUCUUUCUCACGCGUAAACCAGACGUGUUUUUUGGUCCGAUUUGUGAUUACGUGAUAGCACCGAUCGCCCGCUACAGCUCCGUCUGGGAAAUUCCACUGAUAACGUCCGGUGGGCUGACCGAGGCGUUCUCGCUGAAAGCUCCUCACUAUAAGACGCUAACGCGCAUGAUGGGCAACUACCAUGCGUUCGGGCUGAUGAUGCGCGAAAUUCAUCGACACUACAACUGGACGAUCCAGGCGUACCUGUACCACGAGUGGGAUGAGAAGUCUGGCCGCGGGUUUACCGACUGCUCGAUGGCGAUUACCUCCAUUAAUCGUGCGAUCGGUGGCAACGAAACAUCGUCCUGGACCUUCGACGAGGAGACAGCCAAGUAUGCUGAUUACCUUCGAUUGCUGCGGCAGAUUGAGAAGCGCGCCAGAAUUCAUUUGUAUCGUCGGAAUUUGGUAGUUGUCAUCAUGUGCGCCAGCCCGUCGACAAUAAGGGAAAUUAUGCUAGCGGCCGCCGAAUUGAACAUGGUCAACAGUGGCGAGUACGUGUUCUUUAACAUCGAAAUAUUUGGAAGCAUGACGGCAACGAAACAACCGCCAUGGUACGCCAAAAACGACACCGACGAGCGCAACCAGAAGGCGAAGGAAGCGUUCACCGCCCUGCUACAGGUGGUUGCCCGCGAACCCGAGGACGACGAAUAUCGUCGGUUUUCCGAGGAGGUGAAGGAACUUACUAAGACAAAGUAUAACUACACGUAUGCUGAGGAUGAACCCGUUUCAACGUUCGUGACGGCAUUCUACGAUGCGGUGUUGCUGUACGCGUAUGCCCUCAACGACAGCAUUGCGCUAUUAGGCGAGCAGCGAGCACUUCGCCAACCGAUCAACGGCACACACCUAGCGCAGCUGAUGUGGGGUCGAAGCUUUAAGGGCAUUACCGGCAACGUGACGAUAGACUCGAACGGUGACCGUAUAUCGAACUAUUCGCUACUGGAUCUCAACCCCGAUACGGGACUGUUUGAGGUUGUUGCAAACUACUACUACGGAGGAGGUCUGCAGUUUGUUCAGGGUAAAGCUAUUCACUGGGCAGGCGAUCGUACAAAGGCACCUCCAGAUCGGCCAACCUGCGGUUUCGAUGGAUCACUGUGUCCAGAUAAUUCACUACCGGGCUACGCAAUUCUGUCCCUUGUACUUGGUGUGUGUGUGGUGUGCAUGGGCAUCGCGUCCAUCGUUGGCUAUCGGCACUACAAACUCGAAGCCGAAAUAAAUUCCAUGACCUGGAAGGUGAACCCGAACGAUGUACUGUCCUGCAAUCCCAGCCGUGGACAUCGGGGCAGCUUCCACUCGAUGGUCAAACGGGGCAGCCAAGCUACGAUCUACUCCGAGGACCUCAACUCGCUGCCGGGCGAUCGACAGAUCUACAUCCAUUUCGGGUUCUACAAGGGCUGUAAGGUGGCAAUCAAGAAGAUCAAUGUACAAAACCUAAGUCUGACCCGUUCGCUAAUGCUUGAGUUUAAGCGCAUGAAGGACAUUCAGCACGAUCAUCUGGUGCGGUUCUACGGUGCAUGUCUCGAUCUGCAUCCUGACCCGUUCAUUUUGACCGAGUACUGCCCGAAAGGAUCACUGCAGGAUAUUCUCGAGAAUGAGACGAUCAAGCUUGACUGGAUGUUCAAGAUCUCGCUCAUGCACGACAUCGUCAAGGGCAUGGCUUUCCUACACUCGACCGAUCUACACUCGCACGGUUCGCUUAAGUCAUCCAACUGUGUCGUCGACUCGAGGUUCGUACUGAAAGUGACGGACUUUGGGCUGCAUCAGCUGCGUCGCAGCAUGGAAGACGGCGACAUCGAGAGUUACGCCUACUGGCAGAAACUUCUCUGGACCGCUCCAGAGCUGCUGAGAGAUCCCCAGUGUCCCCCGGCGGGCAGUCAGAAAGGUGAUGUCUACUCGUUCGGCAUCAUCAUCCAGGAGAUCGUAUCGCGCCAAGGUCCAUUCUACCUCGGCACAGAGGAAAAAUCUCCCAAAGAAAUCAUCAAACUAGUCAGAGACGGACCGGGACUGAUGGACGUUCCUUUCCGGCCAAAGGUGGACGAAUCGUCGUACGAGGAUGUUAACAACAUAAUGGUCAAAUGCUGGGCCGAAGAUCCGGCAGACCGGCCCGAUUUUGGUGGGCUAAAAACGAUCAUCAGAAAAAUUAACAAAGAAAAUGAAUCUGGUAACAUAUUAGAUAAUUUAUUGCAACGCAUGGAGCAGUAUGCGAACAAUCUGGAGGCCCUGGUGGAUGAGCGAACGCAGGAUUACUUCGAGGAGAAGCGCAAAUGCGAGGAACUGUUGUACCAACUGUUGCCCAAAUCCGUAGCGGCACAGCUGAUCAUGGGCAAAUCUGUGAUAGCGGAAACGUAUGAUCAAGUAACUAUUUAUUUUAGCGAUAUUGUAGGCUUCACCUCGAUUUCGGCGCAAAGCACCCCCAUGCAGGUCGUCGAUCUGCUGAACGAUCUCUACACCUGCUUCGACUCGAUCGUCGAAAACUUUGACGUGUACAAGGUUGAAACAAUCGGCGACGCAUACAUGGUAGUGUCCGGGCUUCCGGUGCGGAACGGGAAUCUGCACGCGCGGGAAAUCUCUCGCAUGGCACUCCGGUUGCUGGCGGCCGUUUACAAGUUCACCAUUCGUCAUCGGCCCAACGAGCAGCUCCGGCUACGGAUAGGGCUACACAGUGGACCAUGCGUUGCAGGCGUGGUUGGUUUGAAGAUGCCACGGUACUGCCUGUUCGGGGACACGGUCAACACGGCCAGCCGGAUGGAAUCGACCGGUGAAGCGCUCAAGAUACACGUCAGUCACACCUUAAAAACGCUUCUCGACACAUUCGGCACGUUCGAUCUAUCCGAGCGGGGUCUGGUACCGAUGAAGGGCAAGGGCGAGAUGCUCACCUACUGGCUGAACGGUGAGCGGUCCGAACCCACGACACCGCUACCAAACGGACUGAAAGGACCAUCGGUGACCAACCGGCAGCAUCUGCUCACCACCGACAGUGUCCCGUCCGUUCUCGAUCCUCACGCACCAUCCCAUCCACUUCUGCCAUCAGCGACCAACCAAGCGAGCGCAAAUAAUGGGUCCGUCACCGUCGUUAGCUCACCACCGACCGGUAUCCUGAUUAACCAUCAUCACAACAACAACAACAACUCACCCUGUAGCCUCAACCACAACAACAACUCACCCAACAGCUGCCAUAAUCCGACGCCGCCCAAAAAGCUCAACAGUGUGUCGUACAGCUUCAUGAAAGCGUCCGGUUCGGCCGGCAACAACAGCAAUGGAGCGAACGUACCGAAAGCUUCCGCCCUGUCCAAACCAAAGCUCCCGGAGGUGGAGGCGUUACGUGGGGCAAGCGUUACGAAACCGUUACUUACCUGA